AUGCGGGCCAAAGGCUUCAGUCAUUUUGUUACAUCUGAUUCUCAAGAAGUUGUGAGCAUGCUUAAGGGAUGGAACGAAUGGUGGAGCAAUGUUGGGAAUGUGGUAGAGGAUAUCCGAAGACUCAUGGUGGACUUGGAGGUAACAGAAGUGCUCUUUCAACCCAGGUCCGGUAAUGGAGUGGCGCACGCUAUGGCACAGUUUGGAUUAAUGGAAGGUACUACUUUUGUUUGGGAAGAUAUCGCUCUGCCUUGGCUAGAGUCGAGUCUUGACAAAGAUAUGGAAUUGGGCUAG